UUGAACUUGAUAAAUCAAAUAUAGAUAUCGUUUGUCCUUCAAUCAAUUGUAAUGUGAUUUUAAAAUUUGAUGAACUUAAGAAUGAAUUGACAGCAAAAGUUUUGAAAAAAAUGGCUGAAAAAUUACCAGAAUUUCGAUGGUGUACUAAAGGAUGUGGUUCUGGUCAAAUCAAUCAUCUAAAAGAUGCAGCUCCACGAAUGAUAUGUGAGAAUUGUGGUCACAUAUUCUGUUAUACUCACAAUAUUCCUUGGCAUGAAGGUCAAACGUGCAGAGAAUACAAUAUUAAUAAUCAAACUUUUGAUGAAGCUAGUAGGAAUUAUCUUAAAAAUUAUACCAAACCUUGUCCGGGAUGUGGAAUCCCUUGUCAAAAAAUUUCUGGAUGCGAUAGC